AUGCACCAAUCGGGUGCUCACAUCCGAACCCUAAUCAUCUCUACUGUUUCUGAAGACUCAUAUCAACAUGUUCAAGGACGAACUUCUCGUGAAGUAUGGCUGUCAUUAGAGCGGGCCUAUGCGCCUAAUACAGCUUCUCAUGAAUUUUUUCUCAAAAGCCAAUUACUUCGCAUUAACAUGAAGGGUGAUGAAAAACCCAUUGAUUAUCUUUGCAGGGCAAAAGAAUAUGCAACCGCUCUUGCCAACAUCGGAGAACCGGUAAAAGACAAAGACCUUGUGAUGUACACUCUUGCAGGGCUUCGUGAAGAAUACAACAAUUUGAAGGGAAGUUUGCUUGGCAGAAAACCACCCAUCUCCUUUCAUGAGAUUUACUCUCUCUUAUGUGAUCAUGAUUAUGCAGUCACCAAGAUCAUGAACCCUAAUCCACAGGCACUUCUCACUACGGGUUCCCUUGCCUAA